AUGUCGUCACUAACCAUGGGAGCGGAGAAGGAGAGGAUGGCGGGGCUCUGGGACGGGGACGACGAGCUCUGCGGACGGCCAGGCUCCGAGACAAGGAGGCCGGGGCUUCAGGACAAGGACGACGACGUCGAUACUGAACUCUACAAGAAGAAAGAACACCAGCCGGCGACGGUGCAACCACUUCCUGAUCACGUGAAGCCUGCUCAUGAUCAGCGGCCUCUGGCGCCACCGCCUUCACCAGCACCGUCGCAACCUCACGUGACUCCAACGGCGGCGUAUGACCCGCCACCCCAACAGAGGAUUUCUCCUCCGCACGUGCCAUCCACCAAGCCGUGCUAUCCAGCUCCGACGACGCAGCGGCCAACGCCGCCUUCGUACGUGCCAGCGACACCAAUAAAGGUACACGAUCCAUUGCUGCGCCAGCCUACGCAGACGAUUCCUCCUACCAAGGCGCACGAGCCGCCGCCGGCACCGGCGAUGUCGUCACCGCCACCACAUCCGCAGGUGACAUGGUCCGCCCGUCAGCCAUCGAAGACCUACGAGACACCGGCGCCGCCGGGAUAUUACCCGCAAGCUCAUCAGGAAUACUUCCCCCAAGGAAACUAG